AUGCUAGUGGCAUUGCUGUUGCUGGUACUGGCAUUGAGCAAUGGAGUGAGAGUGAAUGGUGAAAGAGGUGGUAGGCAAUGUGGGGUGAAUCCGUCGCUAAAGCCUAGGCCACAUAGUGUCUCUAUUUUGGAGUUUGGUGCGGUGGGAGAUGGUAAAACAUUGAACACUCUUGCAUUUCAGAAUGCCAUUUUCUAUCUCAAGUCAUUUGCUGACAAAGGUGGUGCUCAACUGUAUGUACCACCUGGAACAUGGCUUACUCAAAGUUUCAAUCUCACUAGCCAUCUUACCCUCUUUUUGGAAAAAGGUGCUGUCAUUGUUGGAUCUCAGGAUUCCCAUCACUGGGAAGUUGUUGAUCCUUUACCGUCAUAUGGUCGAGGACUUGAAGUUCCUGGAGGAAGAUAUCAGAGCUUGAUAAAUGGGUAUAAGUUACAAGAUGUAGUCAUAACAGGUAAUAAUGGAACCAUUGAUGGCAUGGGAUUGACUUAG